AUGGCCCUCCGCAUGCCCUUCAACCAAAACUUCUGGCAGGAAUAUCUCUCCGGCCAGGAGGCCAACCUCCCCCCUCUACCGGAUAUCUCGAGCCUCAGCAGUCGAGUAAUCCGUAUUCUCGGGGGGAAUCCAGGCGCCAUGCACCUACAAGGCACCAACACCUAUCUCGUCGGAACGGGCGAGUCUCGGAUCUUGAUUGACACUGGACAGGGCCUCCCCAUCUGGCUCUCCCGCUUAACCCACCAUCUCCACUCCAACAACAUCUCCAUCUCCCACAUCCUACUCACCCACUGGCACGGCGACCAUACCGGCGGCGUCCCCGAUUUAAUUUCCUACAAUACCAGUCUGGCAGGACACGUGUACAAAAACCUCCCCGAUGCAGACCAAAAUCCCAUAAUGGAUGGGCAAAUCUUCACCGUGCAGGGAGCCACCGUCCGCGCCAUCUUCACCCCCGGCCACUCAAUAGACCAUAUGUGUUUCCUCCUUGAGGAAGAAAAUGCCCUUUUCACAGGUGAUAAUGUGCUAGGGCAUGGGUACAGCGUUGCGCCGGAUCUAGGACGGUAUAUGGAGAGUCUGGAUUGUAUGGCCGGGUUGGGGUGUGGCAUAGGAUAUCCGGCUCAUGGAGCGGCUAUUCAAAAUCUCCCUGCUAAGUUGGAGGAGUAUAUUCGGCAUAAGGAGGCGCGGGUGAGAGGGGUUUUGUCGGUAUUAGUAAAGGAGAAAGAGAAGGUGGACGGUGAGGUUGGUAAGGGAGGGGGCAGAAAGGGGGGUAUGACGCUGUAUGAGAUUGUGAGGGCUAUGUUUGGGAGAGUGCCGCAGGAGGUGGUUGACCAGGCUUUGGCGCCGUUUUUGCUGCAGAUUUUAUGGAAGUUGGCGGAGGAUCGAAAGGUGGGAUUUGAACCGGGCGAUCCAGUAAAGAGGAGGUGGUUUGCAGUUAUCCGUCGAACAACUAGGCGAUAA